ACGUGAACCGCGUACAGUGCACUGGAGCUGUUCGUGGAGACAGCAAGGAAAUCUACCCGUGAAGCCGAACCAUGGCACAAACCGUCGUUUAAGGGCUGUGACUAAAAAUUGCCAUUAGGCUACUGUGAAAGGACACCUGGGAUACCUUGGGAACUUAAGUCGGACAGCUGGUGACAUCUGUGGGCGUUGUCUUAUUUGGUCCUCGCGGACGGCUUUCGUGGGGAGAAAAAAACUGACUUGGAACUACACACCUGCCGGCGCCGACGCACUCUGUGUGACUGAAAAAGGGAGGAUGAAACUAUCAGACAGCACGACGAGGAGCAGCAGUGUUCCCACACGUGAAUUUAAGUAGGGCUACAUUCUGGGAUAUGCGGCAUCGUAACUAUUUCAUCCCGUUAUCCCCAAGCGAGCCAAAGAGUCCGGAGCGCGCGGGAGAGGACCCUAGAGCGCAGGGGUCUCUCUGUAUUGCGCACACAGUUGAGGUAACCCAGAAGCUUUGUCAUCUGGAGUUUGUAAAGCAGCAUUGCAUUACGCCAGGAACAAAUUAGCCUCAAUCUAACUUCGUUUUUGGAGUAGCCUACAUAGUUUGGAGAAAUAACGGUUUAAACACUGUAAAUACUGUAACUACUUGUAUGUACAGAGUAUACUCUGCUUAUAAAACCUUAUACAUCUUUCGGACAUAAAGUUGUACUUCAGCAGUCAUAAUAUGUCAGCUCUGAGGAAAAAAUUUGGGGAUGAUUAUCAAGUAGUGACGACUUCAUCCAGUGGCGGCGGGUUUAACCAGGCGGCCCCUGAGAAGAAAAAGAAGCGACAACGUUUUGUGGACAAAAACGGCCGUUGCAAUGUCCAACAUGGGAACUUGAGCGGCGAGACCAGCAGGUACCUUUCGGAUCUCUUCACUACCCUGGUGGACCUCAAAUGGCGCUGGAACCUCUUCAUCUUCAUCCUCACCUACACGGUAGCGUGGCUGUUCAUGGCCUCAAUGUGGUGGGUCAUCGCCUUCAUUCGAGGAGAUCUCAACCGGGCCCACGAUGACAAAUACACACCCUGUGUUGCCAAUGUCUACAACUUUCCCUCGGCCUUCUUGUUUUUCAUUGAGACAGAAGCCACCAUUGGUUAUGGCUACAGGUACAUCACGGAUAAAUGUCCGGAAGGAAUUAUCCUUUUCCUGUUCCAGUCAAUUUUGGGUUCGAUUGUGGACGCGUUCUUAAUUGGCUGCAUGUUCAUAAAGAUGUCCCAACCUAAGAAGCGGGCAGAGACUUUGAUGUUCAGCGAGCAUGCAGCAAUCUCCAUGCGUGACGGCAAACUGACGCUCAUGUUCCGGGUGGGCAAUCUCAGGAAUAGCCAUAUGGUGUCUGCUCAAAUCCGCUGCAAACUGCUCAAAUCUCGGCAGACACCCGAGGGUGAGUUUCUCCCCCUGGAUCAGCUGGAGCUGGACGUUGGUUUCAGCACCGGGGCGGAUCAGCUCUUCCUCGUCUCCCCUUUGACCAUCUGCCACGUGAUCGACUCCAAGAGCCCCUUCUAUGACCUCUCCCUCCGCUCCAUGCAGACCGAGCAGUUUGAGAUCGUCGUCAUCUUGGAGGGCAUUGUGGAGACCACGGGCAUGACGUGCCAGGCGCGGACGUCCUACACGGAGGACGAGGUGCUGUGGGGCCACCGCUUCUUCCCGGUCAUCUCCCUGGAGGAGGGCUUCUUCAAGGUGGACUACUCGCAGUUCCACGGCACUUUCGAGGUGCCGACGCCUCCCCACAGCGUCAAGGAGCAGGAGGAGAGCCUCCUGCUGUCAUCUCCGUUGACUGCGCCCUCUCUUUGCCACAGUGCGGGAGGAGGUGGUGGUGGUGGAGGUGGAGGAGGCGGAGGUGGGGGCGAGGCUGCCAGCAUCACGCUGGAGAGUUCCGACCCGCAGGGCGAGUCGGAGAGCGGCUCGGCCAACCUGGCACCGGCGCCCAUCGCACAGGGCAACGCCACCAAGCUGCCCUCCAAGCUGCAGAGGCUGACGGGGCGAGGGGGCGACGGCUCGCUGCCCGCCGGCAGCGCCGGAGGGGGCCGCGCGCUGGACGGAAUGCCCCGGAAGCUGCUGCGCAUGAGCUCGGAGAUCACGUACAACCUGGGCGACCUGCCGGUCAAGCUCCAGCGGAUCAGCUCGGCGCCUGGCGUGGCCGAGGAGCGUCUGCACGUCAGCUCGCCGCUGGUCGAGGAGAGAGCCACGCCCAAGAUCAGCAGGGCAGGGAUCGGGGCCGGCGACUCCAUGAGCCAGUCGGUGUCGGACUUGCCCCCGAAGCUGCAGAGAUUGGCCGGGGGAGGGGGAGGGGGAGGGGGAGGUAUGGGUGGACGGCUGGACGGGAACCUGCCGCCCAAAUUGCGGAAGAUGAACUCGGAGCGAUUCACAGGUUUAAGCCUGAAAUGAACGAUAUCCAGCAGUAGUCUCACGGAGCCCAGCCUGUUGCAGUACACACGAAGGGACGGCCAUUUUGGUUCAAAUGUGGGUGAAAAAUAUUACAUGGUUAAUGACGGUAAUGAUGAGUCGAAGUGUCUAAACCAACACCUCUUCAACACCUCUUGCGUUGAUUCAGACACUAAUAUGAAAUGCUAAAUGGUGCUCUUGUCAAGUUUUGUGUGGGUUUCUAGAGGCCAAGCACGAUUUCAACUUGGUCUUCUCAACCUUGUCUUAUUUUUCGCCCCAAUCAAUACCAGAAAUUAACCCUAGAUGUGUACUCUAAGGAUACAGAAGUCAGUCUUGUCGGGCUCCGUGAGACUAUUCUUGUAUGAACUCAAACCUAACAUCCCUCCUGCAAUCACUUACUCGGCAUUUACGAACGUGAAUAACAUUACCACAGACUUUAUAAUCAUCGCAGGAUUUAUGAACAAAUAACCUUUUAGCAGCUAAUUCAUUUUAAACAGGCUGGCAUGUUUGAUCACAUAGAGCAUGUAAAUUAUACGUAUAACAUAUUUAUAAUAAAUCUCUUUAGAGGAAAUAUCAACAGUCAGUCAGAUAACUUCAACAAGAACGUAUUCCAUUUACAAGGGCACAUAUAUUAUGUUUGUGUUAUAUAAAUAUUUAGUCACCUGUGGUAAUUUUCAUGCAUGUGUAGUAAGGUAAUAUUUAAAGAUAACAGCUCAUACAGAAUCAAAUAAAUACGCCUCAACUUUGUCAAGUGGGUGCAAUUCACCGUUCACUCAAAGGUGUGUUUAGCUUUGUUUGUGUUUUGGAGUCACAGCUCCACUGAGUCACAGGGACUGUCUGUUUGACUUGAUUUACUCAAAGUGGUGGGAGGUUGAAGAAUGCUAAUCUAUUUACUGACGUAUGUAGGACAUAAUCUUAUCCAUUACAGCUUUCUGCCGCAUAUGUGUUUUGAAAAACGGAAGCAAUAACAAUUGAGCUAUGUUAAGAGGAGCGUUUUAUGUUAUUUUGCAUUUCUUCUUGAUACCUCUCUGCGAUGCUUUUGGAGAACUGCACUGCGACUUACUUAUAAAUAAAUCCUAACUGAGAUUACCAGACACAAAACUCUGUGACUCAACUGUAUCCUAGAUCAGCAAACUUUCACCUACUAUACUACACACUCCUGUUAUGAGACAAACAAUAAUCUCUAUAAUAACGUUAUAGCUCUGGUAUACAUGUGUUAUAAAUGUCUUUAUAGAGUUUCCUUUUCCCACCCCUGUCAUGUGGCAUAAGACAGAGGCUACUCUGUCGGGUGCUGUCUGUCUGUAUUGGAUGUGUUCAUCAGUAUUGGUCGAAGUCUUCCUUUUCAGAAAUAAAAGUCGUGUGAU